AUGGCACCCUCAAGAGCAGUCCUCCGCAGCGCGUCCACCGCCCUCGCCGCCCUCAGAUCCUCUUCCCGCACAUUGGCCUCGGCAGCACUCCCAGCGCGACAACUGCACCACUUGUCGCCUUCUUCUCGCUCCACCCUCACACGGCGCUUCGUCCUCACAACCUCGCCGUCACUUAGACACAAUUCCUCAGACGCAGCAGCAGCACCAUCACCCGCCACCGCAGUCGAAGCUCCAGACUACCUCGACGAAAAAGAACUCCACAUCUUCCAAAAGCUGGCCGCAGAACUAUCGCCCACAAAGCUCGAGGUUCAGGAUGUCAGUGGUGGGUGUGGAAGCAUGUACGCUCUCGACAUUGUGUCUGCAAAAUUCAAGGGCUUGAGCGUGAUCAAGCAACAUCGUUUGGUCAAUGCCGUGCUCAAGGAUGAGAUCAAAGGGUGGCAUGGUGUGCAGUUAAAGACGAAGGCUCCUUGA